UAGAAGCCAAAACCCCAAAAACCUACGCUCCCAUCACCUCUACCACCAGCUUCCUAGUUUCGCUGGCUGGUUUAUACACAUUGCAACAAUUUCUACAAGUAUCAUUGGAAAAACCCUUUUGCUGAAUCAUAAUUUCUUGCAAUAUAAGGCCCUUUAUAUCCUGGUAAUUCUUGUUAAUCUCUGGUAAUUCUCUGAUACAUAAAAAUGCCAGCUUUAUAAUUUUUUCAUAUGAUUCAGACCCAUGAAAUCACAAUAUAAUGUGUUGCUAAGAACAAAGAACCAUCAGGGUUUUAAUUAGUUCUUUUUUUGGGUUUUGAGGUUUCUCAUUGUAUUAGAUUGAAUCCAUAAUUUGUUUUUCUUGGCUUAGUUGUUUGAUGAAAAUGGAACAUGGUUUCUGAUGAUUUUGAUGGUUAAUGAUGUUGGGGUUCUUCAUUCUUGAAACGGGUACUCAACAUUUUGCUAAUAUAUUGAACUGAAGGUUAGUGGUAAUUUGAGAUAUUGCUUAUAUUGAAUUGAAGAUUAGUGGUAUUUGAGAUAUUGCUUAUAUAUUGAAGUGAAGAUUAGUGGUAUUUUGAGAUAUUGCUUGUGUAUUGAACUGAAGACUAGUGGUACUGUGAGAUAUCGUUAAUAUAUUGAAGUGAAGAUUAGUGGUAUUUCGAGAUAUUGCUUAUGUGUUGAACUGAAAAUUAAUUGGUAUUCAAGAUUUUGCAUUUCUAUUGAAGUGAAGAUUAGUGGUAUUUUGAGAUAUUGCUUGUGUAUUGAACUGAAUAUUAGAGGAUACUCAAGAUUUUGCUAAUAUUGAAUGAAAUAUUAGUUCUUGGUUGGUGUAUAUGUUUGAAACUGAGGGAGAGAGCUUCAGAACAUGCUCGCUCUGCGCCUGAUUCGCAGAUUUGGAACUGCGAGUCACAUUGCUGCUGCCACGGCUAUUGCUUCCUCAGGUGCUGCUGGUAAGAAUUCCAGUAAAGGUUUAGUAUCUAAGAGAAAGCCUUUAAAAGUAGAUGAACCUGCACUUAUUAAGCUAAAAAAGGAAAGGAACCCUGGGAAGUUGUUUCAGUUAUUUAAGGAGAAUGCUCAUAAUAAGGUUGUUGUCGAGAACCGCUUUGUGUUUGAAGACACGGUUUCUCGCUUAGCAGGUGCGGGCAGGUUUGAUUAUAUUGAAAAUCUGCUUGAGCAUCAGAAGACUCUGCCGCAAGGUCGGCGUGAAGGUUUCAUUAUUCGGCUUAUAAUGCUCUACGGGAAGGCUGGGAUGACGCAGCAUGCUGUAAAUACCUUCUAUGAUAUGCAUUUAUAUGGUUGUCCGCGGACUGUUAAGUCAUUCAACGCUGCACUCAAGGUUUUGACUCAAUCUCGUGAUUUGAAGGCGAUUGAGUCGUUCCUGUGGGAUGUUCCUGAGAAGUUCUCCAUCAAUAUAGAUAUACUUUCAGUAAAUACAGUCAUUAGCUCAUUUUGUGAAAUGGGUAUCUUGGAGAAGGCUUAUUUGGUCAUGGUUGAGAUGGAAAAGUUAGGUAUAACGCCUGAUGUUUUUACAUAUACGACACUUAUAUCUGCCUUCUAUAAAGUCAACAGAUGGCAGAUUGGUGAUGGAUUGUGGAACCUCAUGGUCGGUAAGGGAUGUAUGCCUAAUGUUGCUACCUUUAACGUUAGAAUUCAAUUCUUAGUAAAUGUCGGGCUUGCUUGGGAAGCUAAUAAAUUGUUGCUGUUGAUGAAACGUAUUGGGAUAACUCCUGAUGAGGUUACGUACAAUUUAGUGAUCAAAGGCUUUUGCCGAGCAGAGAAUCUUGAUAUGGCAAAAAGAAUCUAUUCUGCUUUAUGUGGUACUGGCUUCAAGCCAAAUGCUAAAAUCUAUCAGACCAUGAUUCAUUACCUGUCUAGAGCGGGUGAGUUUGAUUUGGCAUAUUCAAUGUGUAGAGAUAGCAUGCAAAAGAAUUGGUUUCCAAGUCUUGAUAGUAUUAAAAAGUUACUUGAAGGGCUGUGCAAAGAUGGAACGGAGGAAAAGAUGGGAAAGGCUCGAUUUUUAAUCAUCCUGGCUAAGAAAAAGAUACCUCCUUUCUCAUCAGACGCUUUGAAUGUGAUGCAGUCAAUAAUAGCUUGUAGUUAAACGUACAGAAACGUUAAUUUCUGCUCACUUGUUUAGCUGAUUUUGCAGCAACUUGUAUAAUCCACAAAGCUCCAUUCUCUUUUUGGUGAAGCAGAAGUGAUGAGCUAUUAGUUCAAUGGAUUAUGAGCCUCUAAAACGAAGAUAAGUUGUAAUUUAUCAAGAAAUAAGUUCCUACUCGUUCCAGAGAGUGCAAUGGGGAUUGAAAGAUGUUUGGAAGUACACUGGCAACCUAAUUUGUUUGGUAAGUUUUGUCUUCCAUUUUUUUAUGACCCCCCUUCCAUUUUAUGUUACUUCUGCUUCAGUGUAUUGCUAUUGUUGAUUUUUUUUUCCUGCAUAUUUCCCUUCUUGAUUCCUGCAUCUCUUGUUCUAAAUUGUUUUCUAUUGGAAACAACCUCUCUGCCUGCACAAGGUAGGGGUAAGGUUUGCAUACACUAUCCUCCCCAGAGCCCACAAGGUGGGAUUACACUGGGUAUGUUGUUGUUGUUGUCCCGCUUAUAUAGAAACCCCUUCUGGCAGACAUAUUCAUUUAUAUGUUUGCGUUUGUAUUUCUUUUACUUUUUCAAGCUCAGACAUUAAGUUGCCGUGUUUGAAGGAAGUGAGAUGUUUCUUAGAAAUUUCUAUUUUUCUUGCGUUCAGAUUUCUUGGUGUAUUUGGGGGUUAAGGGUAUGCAGCAGUUUCUCCAUUAUCAUCUCUCGACAACCACUGCAGUUAAUAAGUAUAGAAAGGUUGCAGUAUGAUAUAGUUGAUUAAUUGUUUAUCUUCACUUGUCUCUAUACUUGGGACUGAGUGUUGUGUCCCACUAGAUUGUUGUGGUGCCAGUUAAAACUCUUGUAUUACUUGAUAACGGAGAAAUGGAAAGAAUAUAUCUCUCUCGGUGUACCUUUGACAUGUGUACAUUAUACACUCGUUUAAAUAUCACACUGACACUGGCAAUAACAAAUAAUCAGACAAUUAAUAAUCUUAGGGAAUGCCACAAAAAAGUUGACCCUCUGAUAUAAUUUCACCAAAUUAUCAUGUGUGCUGAUAUAAUUGAACUUUCAAGUUGAGACUUACCAUAGCCUUUUCCUGCAAGGCAGCUAGUCAACGUGUUACUAUCGUAAUAUGGGUAUUAGAUGGACAUCUAAUGGCUAUGGGUUUUUGUUGGAUAUUAGGAUGUCUAAGAUGGAGCUGUUUUAUCUUCCAUUCAGAAAUGAUUGUCUCUUUUCUUUUUUGUCGGUCUAUCGGAAACAACCUCUCUAUAUUCACAAGGUAGGAGUAAGGUUGCGUGCUCACUACCCUUCCCAGACUCCACUUGUGGGAUUGCACCGGGAGAAUAAUCCAGUGUUCUCAUGUGCCUCGCCAGAGAAUAUACCAUUACAAUGGAUCAAUUUGCUCGUGAGUUUGAGCUGGUUGCUUCAGGGUACUUAUACUUCAGCUAUUUGAAAACCGUCAAUUCUGAAAUUGAAGAGAGGUUUUUCGUCACUCCAAUUUCAUGCUGAUUUAGGAUCGUUGGUAAAUCAUAAGAGGAGGGCAACCUUCAAAAGCUUUUGCGGAUGUAUGAUGAAUAAUGAACAUGUACAUAACUAUGAAAGGACAUCCUAUUACCAGUUAAAUACAUCAACUUGGCAAUGCAAAAUAUAGAAAUUUCCCUCUGUGCUUCAGCGAUAAACAGCGAGAAGCACUUUAAACGGAGUAAUUUCAGGUAUAUGUGAAGCUGACAGCGUCUGAGUAUCGAACCAGUAGUCUGCAUCUCUUGAAAGUGACUGAUUCAUAAAGGAUUGUCGUUGACAGAUGAUGCCAUAUCGUGCUCGUUUCAGUCUGCUAUCAAUCCAUUUGAUCAAACAAAUAGAAACAGUCAAGUGAUGCUCCUCUAUUGCUGUACUCGACCGACACUAUGGAUAGUUUCUGGAGCAUGGCCCUCGUUUUCUCUAACAGUUUAUGAAGAAACAUAUGGCAUUUUCA